AUGCGCGCUUGUCCACCGACGCGUCACUGCGCAUUCAACAUGGACCCGACGGUAAAGCGGUAGCGACGGACGCCUCUACGAGUCAUGUUUAUAUUCGCCCAUUCCGACGCCUCAUUAUUUAGAAAAAAGCACUCCGGUUGACCGGAGGAAACCUAAAAUGUAUAGCUUCCAAAAUCUACCGCCCGUCCUUGGAUAAGUGAUUGAUGAGAUACCGGUCAUGGCUGGAUUGAUCAAGAAACAGAUCCUGAAACAUCUCUCCAGGUUUGCUAAGAACCUCUCCCCAGAUAAGAUUAAUCUGAGCACUCUGAAAGGGGAGGGCCAGCUUACCAACCUGGAGCUGGAUGAGGAGGUUUUGCAGAACAUGUUGGAUCUGCCCACCUGGCUCGCCAUUAAUAAAGUCUUCUGCAACAAGGCCGCCAUCCGGAUCCCAUGGACCAAGCUGAAGACUCAUCCAAUCACUCUGUCCUUGGAUAAAGUUGUCAUGGAGAUGAGCACCUGUGACGAGCCUCGCCCUCCCAACGGUCCAUCACCCAUUGCAACAGCCUCGGGUCAAAGUGAAUAUGGUUUUGCGGAGAAAGUGGUGGAGGGCAUCUCACUCUCUGUGAACUCCAUAGUGAUCCGUAUCAGCGCCAAAGCCUUUAAUGCCUCCUUCGAGCUCUCGCAGCUCCAGGUCUACAGCGUCAACACCAGCUGGGCCACUGGUGACCUGCGAUACACACGCAUCCUGGACCCCACACGUGGAGAGAUCCUAACGUUUAAGGAAGUGAGCUGGCAGAUGAUCAGGAUUGAAGCAGAUGCCAUCCAGAACACAGAACAUGAGGUCCUCAGAGCACCCAUACGCCUCAUCACCAACCAAUCAAGGAUCAGAGUCACUUUAAAGAGGAGGAUGAAAGACUGUAAUGUUGUUGCAUCAAAGCUGAUUCUAAUCCUGGAUGACCUGCUGUGGGUGCUGACAGACUCCCAGCUCAAGGCCAUGGUGCAGUAUGCGAAGUCUCUCAGUGAAGCCAUGGAGAAAUCAGCUGCGCAGAGGAAGACUAUGGCCCCCGACACCACACAGGUAACAACGGCACCCCCCUCAGCCCAGCAGGUGCGCACACAGCAGGCUUCAGCCACAGCAGAUCAGAAUGCUUCCAUGGAACGGCUGUUUAACUCCUAUGAUGUUCGUGAGACCUCACACCACCUCCAAAUCACACACUUGGACCUGCAUAUUUGUGACGACACCAAUGCCAAGGACAGAGGAAUUAAUAAGAGAUUAGAUGGUGGCGCAAUGCAGUUGUCCUUCAGUUCUAUCACUGUAGACUAUUACCCCUUCCACAAAGCUGGUGAGGGCUGUUUGCAUUGGAUGCAUUACAGUGAGGCCACAAAGUCUCGUGAGACCUGGGCCCGUUCUCUCCUGGAGGAGUUUAAGUCUAAUGUGGAUAUGCUCAAAAACGUAGUCAGUGGCCAGUCGCAGAACUCCCCUCAGCAUGGAAAGAUCUCCACCAGCUCCAGCACUUCCUUCUCGCCUCCAUCUGCACCGAGAACCCAACUCAUGUCCAGCUCAAUUGUGCUACGGAUGGCAGAUUUCAGCAUCUAUCAGGUGUCUACAGCAGACCAGCCACGAUCCAGUCCUCAAAGCAUGAUAUCCUGCAAUAAGAAAACCCUCUAUCUCCCCCAAGAGAUGCCGGCCAUCCAUGCCGAAUUCACAGAGUACUACUUCCCAGAUGGCAAAGACUAUCCCAUCCCUUGUCCCAACCUGUACGUGCAGUUGAACGCGCUACAGCUGGUGCUUGACUCGCGCAGUCUGGUUUGGCUCAAUCUGUUUGCACUAGACCUUCGUCAGAGCUUAGAACAAUUUAUGGAGCUGUACAAACUCAAUGACUCUCAGAAACCUGACGAACAUGUAGAUAUCAGAGUGGACGGACUCAUGCUGAAGCUGGUGGUCCCUGCAGACCAGGAGAAGGGUCAGCCUGGCCAGCCUCGCUCUCUGUCAGUGCAGACCUCUGAGAUGGUAGCCACUAACACACGUCACUCUUCUGGAUGCACUCGGUCCAGUCUGGAAUCCCUUUUGCAGGCCUUCCAGGAGCAACCCUUCUUCACCUCCCUCUCUUCCUCCUUUCCUCAUGCCCAAAACUCCUUCUCUGUGCUGCAUUCAGCCUUCCAACGGCAUGCUCAUGAGCAGGAUACGCGUGUUCAUGAUGUGUACCGGGGCCUCGCUCCACCAUCUCUCUCCACCAGUGCCCUCAAAACACCAGCAGCCACUGACUUGUGGGCUCUGCACUUCUCUCAGUUCUGGGUGGACUAUGAGGGCUCACGCAGUGGGCGAGGUCGUCCGACACCUUGCGUGGACUCUUUCCCUCUGACUCUUUGGGUAUGCCACCCUGCCCGAUACACCCUGCACCACGAGAGGCUCAGAGCAGGCGUAGGGUCAGGCCUGUUGCCUCGCAGUGAGUCAGCAGAGAUUGCCAACCGUCUGCAGAGGAAAAAGCUUCUUAAGGAGUACUACAGCACUGAUGCAUGUCUAAGCAACAUGCCAAGCAAUGGUCUCCACAAACCACAGUCUCUAGAUGGCCUAUUUAGCGACUCCUCUUCGUCUCUUUCCCUUGCUUCCUCGUCCUCUUCCAAUGAAGUAGACUUGCAGGUGCUAGUGCACGUUCAGAAGCACCUGAGUGCUCAGGUGAGCCAUGGCCAGUAUAUGUUCCUGCUCAGACUGCAACAUGCUGUGAAAUCUCUGCAGCGCACUUUACAGCAAGAUCUGGAGCAGUAUGGCUCCAAGCUCCAGGGUCCCACACAACCCUUCAGCGUCUGCGUGGGCAUGCUCAUGAAAAGUGCAGAAGUUGCACUACUUUUAAAGCCUAUUCCCCAACCGGAUUUAAGCACCAGCCCCCUGGACUCUGAUGUCUCCCCCUCAGAAAGCAGGACCACUCUUGAAGCUGGGAGUGAGGUGGGCGAGGAACACGAGAGACCCUCGGCUGCAGGAGAGGCUACUCCAAACGCAGAUCAGCUCCUCUUUGCGGAUACGCAUGGGCUCAACGUGUCUCCUCUCCUUCCAUCCACAUCCCCAUCUCCUGCUCUGAGAAAGGCUUCUAUGGAUGAGAUGAGUAGCGUGGCAUCUGGAGGGAAGGUGCCGUCUGAGGAGAAGAAGGAAUUGAUUGAAGGAUCUUUUGAUGGAGAGGGCAGCAGAACUGAAACCAAAGGGCAACAGAGUGAAACCUCACAAGGUGGAACUGCGGGAGUCUCUGACACUUCUUCCAGGGAGUGGAACGACAAGAGUCAGGGAGGCAGGCUGCCUCAGUCCAUGUCCAGGAAAGGCAGUUUAUCAGUGGUCUCUGACCUCUUAACCUCCACGCACAGCAGGUCUACCUCCUUAUAUUCCAUGUCCAACAUUGGUCGUUUGAUGCAGGGCAAGUCACAGUCAAGUUUCUCAGUGUCCUUUAAGAACAUGAAGAAAAGCCCUUCACUACAGUCUCUGGAUGAUCUCUCCAUAGACAGCUACUCACUAGAGGACUGUGACAGCUACAGCCUGCUGGAGAGAGAUGACGUAUCAAUCUCUGGCUUUAAAGAGGUUCUAAAUGAGCAGAUUUCCACAGAAGGGGCUAAUGUGAGUCUCGCGCAGGAGGCAGAUGAGACCCAGUCACCUGACGCCAUGAGCGCUGCCUCACAGAGUAUAGACGAACCCACAAAAGACCUUGUGUCGGUAUUGGUUUUGAAGGUUCACUCGGUCUGCUGUUCUCUGGAUCUGAAGGGUGAUGAUACAGCAGUAGCUCUGGAGGUGGGGCGGAUCCGACCCAAUCAGCUCGGCAACGUCAGUUUGCGUCAGUAUCUUAGCAACCGCAGCCUGGGUUUAGUGUCUUCAGCAUCAGUCGCUCAGAGUGGUGAAGCUGCUCCGGUUUUUUGUUGUCGUUUCUCUGCUGUCACAGACCACUGGGUUCUGCAGUACCAGAACUGCUGGUUCAGGAGACUUUGUACACACAUAAACACACACAACCUCACUCUCGUCUAUCUAGGCUGUUUCAGAGCCGCUUUCCUCUCCAAGGAUUAAUCUUUAGGCUUUUCCAUGCUCAGUUUCUCUUGACUGAUUCUGCUAGCCUCUGUUUUUCAGUCAGUUUCUCUGUAUCUUUCUCUCACCUGCUCCCAUGUUCUCUAUUUUCAGUUAUUCUCACUCAUACACUUUCCUCUUGCAGCAUUUUUGCUGUUCUUCAGUAUCUCCACUUUGGAGGGAAAGUGCUGUGUUUGCUUGUUUUAUUCACAACUGUUGAAAGAUUAAAUUAUUAAAUGUUCAGCUAGGACUGACAGGAAUGAUCACGUCUAUCUUUUGUAAUGAUGGUCUGAGCCUAACUCCACUAUUUUCACAGAGGACACUGAAUAAAUGAACAUUUGAUAUCGCAAACGUGACGUGCAUCUCUCUUUUUGUCUUGGAGGAAAAAAUAUCAAACUUUAUGCACAUGUACAAAAGCCAUCCCCAUUUUUUUUACAAUUAUACCUUACAUGCACACAAUAAUUAAAGGGAUAGUUCACCCAAAAAUUAAAAUGUUGAUAACCAGACAAUUUAAGUAGCCAUGUGGGGCUUUCGCACCAGAGGAACCUUUUCAUAGUUCCUAGAACUAUUGGCUGAAGUACCCGGAUUUUGCCAUGUUCGCACUGCAGAAACUAGGAACAAUUUUAGUUCUAGUAACUCCAUUUGGGGGAACUAAAUUAGCUCCUACUUCAGAGUAUGGUCUAAACCAGCACUAUAGGAACUAUCAGUGACAUAAGUGUACGUUGAUUGGUCAAACACAUGUCAAACACCAGCACCCAGCAUUUUUAAAAAGCUGUGUAAACAUAUUUACUUCACGAACAAAAAACAAUAUUUCGAUAUUUUUCGCGAUAACGGCAUUUUCCUGUUGUCUGCAGGGUUGUGAUCUUUCCUCUGCCUCGAUAAUAUGUAAUACUGAAAGUUGUCAUAGGAGAUUUCAUCUCUUAGCCUCACUUUUUGCUCUUUCAGUCGCGUAAAUUAUGCGUUUACAUUCCAUCUCCGUUAUCACAACAAACACAGCUCUGAUCACGGCAUCCUCCAUCCACCGGUUUUUAGCGUUUGUAAAUUCCACGCUUAAAGACGCCGCUGUUGGCCGUUUCAGAGUUCCUAUUCCGGUGCAAAUGCAACCAGGAACAUGGCCCGGGGGAGAAAUUAGAACUAUCCUAGUGGUUAGUUCCUAGAACUACUUGGUGCGAAAGCAGCUUUUGACUUCCAUAGUAUUUUUUUUUCUACUAUGGAAGUCAAUGGCUACCAUCAACUGUUUGAUUACCAACAUUAUUUAAAAUAUCUUCUUUUCAUACUGGUUUGGAACAACUUGAGGGUGAGUAAAUGAUGACAGAACUUUCAUUUUUGGGCGAGCUAUCCCUUUAUGUAGUUGUUUCUCAUGAAUUAAAGAGAAUUCAAAUUAUUUCAUUAUGGAUAAGUCAAAUAAUAUUUGUUAUAAUUCUAUUAUAAUUCAUUCAAAUAAAAAUAUACAAUAUACAAAUUCAUAGGUUAAAAUUCCUGAUUGUUAAAAACUUUAAUUUUAAUGUUCAUCAAGUCAAAUUCUUUAAUAUUUCACAAAAUAUGAAAUGUUUGUAAAUACAGUAUGGCAUCCCACAUUUUUAUGCAUGUAUUUUUUGUGAUUUUGGAACUUACAAAGGGACAUAGUACUAUAGUAAUACCAUGUUUUUGGACAUAGUGUUCCUUGAAGUACCGCAUAUACAACAGUAUAUUAAUGUGGUACCAUUGCCAAUGUACUAUGUUAGUACCAUCUGUUACAAUCAUCUUACCACUGUACCACCACAGUACUAUUUUUGUAAGGGACCUGUUCCUGUCUCCCUAUUUCUUAUUACUCUGUUAUGUCUUAUUUAACACUUCUGCUGAAUAAGCAUCUGCGCUUGGGUAUUUUUCUCUCUAUUCUGGGCAGAGGAGGUUAGGAUGUUAAUGCAGUCUUAGUUUUAGAGCUGCCGGUUCUCGAAAGGAGGUACAUGAAUUCAAUAUAGAUCAGACAGAGAAGUAUAGUAGAUACCUCUGCCACGAGACCCCUUGGGAUCGCUGAACUGCACAGCUCCGAUAUCAUUUGAUGUCUCCUUUCUGCCCUCUGCUGUAGGAAAUUUCAUGAAUUUCAAUGAGAUUUCUAUUCAUUACCACAGGCAUUGUUGCGCUGACAUUUUGGAUUCAAUGCAUAAUUUAAAUGCAGCGUUUCAAUGUUUUGGAUUUGUCUAUUUUUAGACCGGUGGCUGUCUCCCGUGUCCUGCUUUUCCGUCUGGUUCCACAGCCUGUGCAGCGGGCCCUCGACUUCCACUCAUUAGUGAUCCCUUGGCUUCCUGCAUGACUGUGUACACAUUCAUGUGUUCUUGUAGUUAUAAGGCUUAUGGCAUUGCAUGGAGAAACAUGGAAUAGAUGAUGUUUUCAUCAUGUAGAUCUUCAUUAAUGUGUGCGUUUUUUUUUUUUUUUUGUAAUAGCAUCUAUCCUGAAGUAUUAAGGGGCGUUCACACUGACAGUGAUCUGCAGCGGGACCUGGAAUAAGUCAUUUUCAACGAGAGCAACAGGAACUGUAUAGUUGAGAAAAGUUUAAUGUUAUGCAAAUGCGAAGUGACGUGUCAGGCUGUCCAGUAGUAGGAACACUUACUAUCGAAGUAAAAUCUCUUGCUGCCUUCAGAUGCACCUGGUAGGCUUAUACCUUCGAGUUGGGCUUUCAUUAUUAUGACUUAUUACAACACUCUCUGAAAUGUUUGAUUCUGAUUGGUCAGUCACAAUCCGAGAUCCUAUAUAACAGUCCGCUCAACCGUGCAUCUGAAGCCAGCACUUCUGUCGUGUGUCAUGUGUAUCACACUGCAAACUCGCUCUCGCUUGUUUCAUACAAAUGCAGCUGGUGCAGUCUUGGGUUACAGUUAUCGAUUGUAUUGAAUAUGAAAUUGAAGGACUUCAGUAUUAAUAGUACUGUAAUAUUGUUGCAGCAUUCAUCUUGCUAGGACGAUUGUUGUGUACGCUUUAAUGGAUUAUAAGUUAAUAAAUGGGUAAUGAAUAAGAUUUUAAAACAGUUGUAUCUCAAAAAUGUCCCUGUAAUUAUUUGAUAUGAUGAAAAAACGUGUAAUAAGUGGUAUAACUCUAUAUUAUCCCUUAAAUGAUUAUCUUGUUUGAACUUGUUCAUUCGUUUUGCCUCAAGUUUUUCUUCGCAGAAGCUUUGUGUUAAUUGAGCUAAUAAAAUAUGUAAACUCAAAUCAAUUAUUUACUUAUGUUUCAAGUAGGCGUGGAAUAAGUGGGAAAACAUUGUUAUCACUUACAUGUUACUCAUUCGAGUUUGACACAACAUAGUAGCCUAAACAACACACAAGAAUUAUAUUGUUAAUAAUAAACCCAAAUAACUACAAAAUUAUGAAAGUUAUUCAUUUCUAUCAGUUGUUUAUACACCCUGAAACUUGAGUGACUAAUUAUACACAUUUUGUGUAUAUGCUGUUUUGUACAUUGCUGCUUUAAAAUGAUUGAAAUACAGCAUGUAAAAUUAAAAAAAUUGCAAAAUUAUUCAUUAUAAUUAACUACAGGCUUGCUUCCUGCUCACUGAUCUGUAUAUAUAGAUUAUUGGUAUAAUAUAUGAUUUCCACCAUCAACCUGUCCCUUACGACAUCUCGGCAGCCUAAACACUUCUUUAGUUGGACCUAAAUGCUUUAAUUCAAACUAAAUGUUUUAUACUGUAUGAGCAUAAAUUCUCUGGUUGGACCUAAAUGCUUUGUCGGCAGCUUGUGUAAGCUAGAAUUCAGUUUCUCACUUGUAAAUAUGACUUAGCUCAGUCAUUCACGUGCUCGGAAAUCACAAUUGCGAUAUAUCCAACCUCACCUGAAGGGCACAUUUGUCAGUGUGAACGAAGCAUUUCAUGGCUCAAAACUGAGAACUUUUAAACCAACAAAACAUUUUUGACACAUUGUUAAAAAUCCAAGUCUGUCAAACUUGACAUCAGCACGUUACUUCAUUCCUACUUUUAUUUCUUUC